CACCUAGAUGAGAAUUUGCCUUAGCCGAAGGCACAAGCUUUCCACAAACCUCAGUAAGCGAAAAGCAAAGAGUAGAGGAAACAGUAUCUCAGCACAGAUUCCAUCUUGAUUCUGCCAAACUGCUGCUGCGGCUUGAGGACUCAAGGUUCAUUCUGCUGUUACUGUUAUGGUCUCCUCUCUUUUCUCCUUUCUAUCUCCUCCUCCCCGCUCCUGCUUCACCCUUUCUUCUUUCUCCAUCCCCUCCCUUUGCCUGCUGAUUUGCCGUCCAUGGAACCAGUCCCGAAAGGGACAGAGAUGGAAGUGACUUGGUUAGAGAGCAGUGUUAGCGGUGGCAAUGUCUUCUGGGUACGUGCGCAUGGUCCAAGCAGCUGCGACUGCAAACGCUUGAAUCCUGGAAGCCCGAAAACCUGGAUUCUGCUUAGCCAGCUCUCCCUGGUACCCUCGGAGUCCUCUCAGGGUUGGCUUUGUCUUGGGAUCGCUUCAUUCCGGAAGGAACUAGAACAAGACAACCCCAAUGUGGGUCUUUCCCAGGCAGAGGCCGGAGUAAUCUCUUUCCAGGGAUCCGGGCAGUCAGCAACCAGCUCCAACUGGAAAUAGAGGGACAGGCAAGCCUGAGGGCAUUCUCGAGACCUGUAGCCGGCAGGUCAGGGGCGCGGCGGCAGCGACCUCCAGGGCUCCCCCCCUGAUAUGGCCGGAAAAGGUCGAAUUUCCUGAGCCUUGUCUGAGGCCCACACUUGGGGGCUAGGCCGCAGGCUAGCCAUUUCCAGUUGGCUAAGAAAGUGCCCCGAGUAAGACUCCAUGUCUACUGAGUGAAGGGCCUGGCCUUGGAACUCUUAUAACAGGGCCACAAGCCCAGCUUGGGCUGGAGGCGAAUGGAUUUCCCCACCAGGGCCUUGUUAAAAUACCACUCCAACAAGGACUGCCCCAACCCUGGGUUUGGAGGGGAGGGAGGGAAGGGGGUGGGGACCUAGAGAGACAGAAGUGUAGUGACACUAGUUUUUGCAUAGCCUCUAGGAGCCUGAGAAUGGCUAGGCUAAAAGGAGAGGCAAGAACAGUGUGACAGAAUUGCCUGCUGGGCGCAUUCCUCCAACUUUGCUCUCCAGGGCUCCAUAUUCCUUCUGGAAGGGCAAUGACUUAGGGCCAGUAUUUUACUUCCACAAUAGGUCAAGAGCUAGGUGUCUCCUCAGGAUGAUGGGGAAGGGGUGCCCUGGACUUGACUCUGGCCCUUGCCUUAGGGUGUAGAAGUCUUUGGUCCACAACUGUCAGCCUAUUCCCACCCCACUCACGAAAACCCAACAAGGUUCUUGAACAGCAGAGAAGGCCAGCCAGGUGACAACAAUGGAGGAGAAAACUCUGGUUAGCUCAGCUGAUGGCAUAGGACAGCGCUGGGGAUGGAGGGGCCACAAAUCAAUCUUUGCAUUUGUAGGAUUCUUUUGUAUGAAAUAUCAGAAGUAUAGCAAUAGCUAUCUUCCAGCUGUCUGGAUUACAGGCACUGAGAAGGUCGUGAAGGCACUAGGGCAACGUUUGCCAGUUUGGGGAGCCAGAUUUGAGAGAUGGAGCUACCUCCAACCGAGCUGAUUUUGUAGGAAGAGAGACCCACCCCACAGGUCCUCCUGUAAGUGGUCAAGGGGCACCGGGGACUAAAGGCCGCUUCAAUAACCGGGCUGGGGAGCACCCAAGGCGGGCUGGAGUGCGCACCAUAAACACCCCACUUGUUAACUGCGCAGAGCCCAAGGGCGCUUCCAGCGGACCCUUGCGUGGGGCUCACAUCCGAGUAGGGGCGGGGCAAACCCAGGGGCCUGCCCCCCCCACAUCAGCAACUCUGGGGCAGCCCCCACAGCUCCUGGCCUUUGGGCCAAGGUGUCAGGCGUGCGUCUUCUGGCCUAUCAAUACAGAUUACAUAUUUAUAUCAAUCGCGGGCUCUGAGGGCGCCCUCGGAGAGCUGCCCCGAGCCUACGAAACCAAACUGGGAGUGGUCGCGCGGAAUCUCUGGCUCAGGAUUGGCUGCGGGCGUCCGCCGUGGUGCGGGGGGAUUGCUAAUCGUAUUCAGCAUGUUUUGCACAAGAAAUGUCAGCCAGAAAGGGCUAUCUGCUCCCUUCGCCAAAUUAUCCCACAACAAUGUCAUGCUCGGAGAGCCCCGCCGCGAACUCUUUUUUGGUCGACUCGCUCAUCAGCUCGGGCAGAGGCGAGGCGGGCGGUGGUGGCGGUGGCGCUGGGGGCGGCGGAGGCGGUUACUACGCCCACGGCGGGGUCUACCUGCCGCCGGCCACUGACCUGCCUUACGGGCUGCAGAGCUGCGGGCUCUUCCCGGCACUGGGUGGCAAGCGCAAUGAGGCGGCGUCGCCGGGCGGCGGUGGGAGUACCGGGGGCAUGGGUCCCGGAGCUCAUGGCUAUGCGCCCGCGCCCAUAGACCUGUGGCUAGAGGCGCCCCGGUCCUGCCGAAUGGAAGCACCGGAGGGCCCGUCGCCGCAGCAGCAACCCCAGCAGCAGCCACCGCCCCCGCCGCAACCAUCCCAGCCCCCGCCACAGUCCACUUCAUGCUCUUUCGCACAGAACAUCAAAGAAGAGAGCUCCUACUGCCUCUACGACUCGGCAGACAAAUGCCCCAAAGGCUCGGCCGCCGCCUCCGAUUUGACCCCGUAUCCUCGGGGUCCGCCAUCGGACGGCUGCGCCCUGGGCGCCUCCAGCGGAGUACCAGUGCCCGGCUACUUCCGCCUCUCGCAGGCCUACGGCACGGCCAAGGGCUACGGCAGUGGCGGCGGCGGCGGCGCGCAGCAGCUGGGCGCUGGCCCCUUCCCUGCGCAGCCUCCGGGUCGCGGCUUCGAUCCUCCGCCCGCACUCGCCUCGGGCUCGGCCGAAGCGCCCCGGAAGGAAGGAGCCCUGGAUUCUCCGCCACCCCCCACGUUGGUUUGCGGCGGCGGCAGCUCGCAGGGCGACGAGGAGGCGCACGCGUCCUCGUCGGCGGCGGAGGACCUCUCCCCGGCCCCUUCCGAGAGCAGCAAAGCCUCGCCGGAGAAGGACGCCCUGGGCAAUUCCAAAGGCGAAAAUGCAGCCAACUGGCUCACAGCAAAGAGCGGCCGGAAGAAGCGCUGCCCCUACACCAAGCACCAGACGCUGGAGCUGGAGAAGGAGUUCCUGUUCAACAUGUACCUCACCCGGGACCGGAGGUACGAGGUGGCCCGGCUGCUCAACCUCACCGAGAGGCAGGUCAAGAUCUGGUUCCAGAAUCGCAGGAUGAAAAUGAAGAAAAUCAACAAGGACAGAGCAAAAGACGAGUGAUGCGACGUGGGUUGAGUUAGAAAACCGAGCAAGCUAGAGAGAAAGUGAAAGGACGGGCUGCCCCCCUUCCUCUCGCCUCCCACCCCAGCCUCAGGCCCUCGCACAAAGCUGCUCUAAACCCCAGGUCUCCCCCAAAUCCUGCUCAGGCUGGCUCCUAGGCUUUCGGCUUUGAUGGAGGAGGUAUUGUAUGCUUUCCAUUUUUUGUAAGACAAAAAAAUUCAAAAGGAGGGCAUGAUCGCUGAUGGCUGUGCGUGCUAGCUUGUAUAUACUAAAAAAAAAAAAAAUCUACCUGCUCCUGACUUAAAACAAAAGGAAAAAAACUACCUUUUUAUAAUGCACAACUGUUGAUGGCGGGCUGUAUAGUUUUAGUUAUGUAGUUAAUUUAAUUUGCUCUUUGUUGGGGUAGAUCUCUCUGCCCACAUACUUGAAUACUGUGUUUUAUUGUGGUAAUUAUGUUUUGUGACUCAAACUUCUGUGCUGGGUGGCGACCCGUUGUGUUUGUGGAAGCUAGAAUUCAAUUUAAACUCAGGUUGUUUAUGGGGGGAGGGAACAGUUGCAUAGAGUAUAGCUCUGUAGUGGGAUACCCGUUUUCUGUAAUAACUAGGCUCUUAACCUAUAAUUGUAAACUAGUGAUAAGGAUUUUCCAACGAAAUAAAAUUUGAAAAAAAGGGGGGGGUGUUGUUAGUUCUCCGGGAUGCAUAGAUUCGUGGUUUCUUCACUUUUGAAACGGAGGCAUCUUGGUCUCUAAUGCUAUAUAGUUCUGCCUUGUCCAUUGUAUAUAUAAUCUAUAUAUCAAGAAAAAAUUCAUAAUCAGAUAAGCUUGAAUAUUGUUUUUCUGUUUUGUUUUGCACCAGAGGAACAGCGAGGAAAUUCGGAGCUAUACAUAUGUGCACAUGGUUGCUACCUAUGGUUUACACUUAAUUUUAAUUGGGGAAAAAUGAAUGAUUAUUGUAAUGGAGUUAAUUUUAUUGAUAAUAAAUUAUACACCAUAAACCGCCACUGAGCUGCUGUACAUUUGUAUCCUUGAUGAAUUUUGGGUUUCCAUUGGGCUGAACAUACACUGUAUAUUUUGCAAUAGUUACCUCAAGGCCUACUGACCAAAUUGUUGUGUUGAAAUAUUUAACUUUUUGCCAAAUAAAAUAUAUUGAUUCUUUUCUAUAU